UCUCUUUUUCUUUCCUUGAAACGAAGAACAACCGAAAGAGAAGAUCGCGUCUGAAUCAUAAUAUAUAGCAUGAUCAAAGAGAAGAUCAGCUCAUGUGUCCAUCCUUCCGAUGGUGUUAUCACUGAAUCUGAUAAGGAAGUGGAGCUUGAUGCAACAAAAGCCAAGUUGGAGAAAGUUAGAGAAGAAAAUGAGAAGUUAAAACUCUUACUCUCUACGGUUCUUACUGAUUAUAAGUCACUUCAAAUGCAUGUCUCCAACGUUAUCCGACCACAACAUGAAGCUUCUAUGGAGCUAGAUGUUAAUAGCCAUGACGAUUUUGGUGUAGACAUAUCUCUUAGGCUUGGAAGAUCAGACGUGAAUGUCUCCAAAAAUGUUGAUGAAAUAGAUAAGAUUAGUCUGGAAAGGGUAUCUGAUGAUGAGAUCAAUGAGGGAUCAGACAAGAAAAGAUCUGCACUCGGUUUAGGAUUUCGGAUUCAAAGUUGUGAAGAUCCAUGUACAGAUGAAACCAUGAAGUUAGAUUAUCUAUCUAAGGAUGUUAAAAACAAAAACGCGGAGAAUAAAUGCAUAUGUUUGAGGAAAGAUGUGAAAUCGGUUAGAAGUGACGAUCAAAAAGAGGUUUUGGAAGGACAUGCGCAGCCGGGUUUAAAGAAAAGCAGGGUUUGUGUGAAAGCUCCAUGUGAAGACCCAUCAAUAAACGAUGGUUGCCAAUGGAGGAAAUACGGUCAAAAGACUGCAAAAACGAACCCUCUUCCACGAGCCUAUUACCGCUGCUCCAUGUCCUCAAAUUGUCCCGUCAGAAAACAGGUGCAAAGAUGCGGAGAAGAUGAGACCUCCGCUUAUAUGACGACGUACGAAGGAACUCACGACCAUCCGCUUCCCAUGGAAGCAACCCACAUGGCUGCCGGAACUUCCGCUGCCGCCUCUUUAUUACAAUCUGGCUCCUCCUCCUCCUCCGCAAACCUAAGUUAUUUCUUCCCUUAUCACAACGUCUCUUUCUCCACCACCAACUCUCACCCCACGGUAACACUAGACCUCACACGACCAAACUAUGAUCCCGAUCAAAUACCAACACACUCCUCACUCAGCUUCUCCUCCUCCUCUGAUCGUCCAUCUCCGUCAAACAGUCAGACAUUGAGCUUCAGUGGCUCGAGAUCACAAGCUCCAUCGAGUAAAUAUUUACAAAUAGCUCCUUUAUCACAUCAAACCAAACUUUCUGGACAGCAAUAAGUAACUAUAUACAUUUUUUUUGGUUUUUUUUCAUCAAUGUUUUCAUAUUCUUAUAGAUAUUAUUAUUGAACUUCCAACUCAAUAAACAGCAACAUAUGUGUUUGAUAUAUCUUUGCGUGGGAUAUUGUGACAGCUUAUUUUAGUGUCAAUAUGAAAUAUUCG